AUGGAUAAGUUCUCACAAUCACCGCCGUUGCGGGACGACCUGGUCCGCGGGAGCAGUCUCAAUUGGACGAAGGAGAAGGAGAACAUACUCAAAGGCCCAUUCAAUUAUUUGGAGUCGCACCCCGGCAAAGACAUUCGAUCGCAACUCAUCGCAGCCUUCAACGCAUGGCUGGAUGUACCAGAGGAAUCUCUCAAUGUCAUCAGACGAGUGGUAGCCAUGCUACAUACCGCAUCCCUCCUCAUCGACGACGUUGAAGACAACAGCCAGCUUCGAAGAGGCAUACCCGUGGCUCACAACGUCUUCGGCACCGCGCAGACAAUCAACAGCGCCAACUACGUCUACUUCUGCGCCCUCAAAGAACUUGCCAUUCUCAACAACCCGGCCGUCAUCCAGAUCUACACCGAAGAACUCGUCAACCUACACCGCGGCCAAGGUAUGGACCUCUUCUGGCGCGACACUCUCACUUGCCCCAGCGAAGACGACUAUCUCGAAAUGGUCGGCAACAAAACCGGCGGCCUCUUCCGUCUCGCCAUCAAACUCAUGUGCGCCGAGUCGCCUUCCCACAACGCACAUCCGGACCCAUUCCAACGUAAUGACUACGUGCCUUUGGUCAACACGAUCGGCUUGCUGUUUCAGAUCCUCGACGAUUAUAAGAAUCUCAGCGACACAAUCUACACGCAGAACAAAGGAUUGUGCGAAGAUUUGACGGAGGGCAAAUUCAGCUUUCCCAUCAUUCACGCCAUUCGUGCGGAUCCGGGAAAUCUGGUGCUCAUUAAUAUCCUCAAGCAGAAGACGACGGAUGAUGAAGUUAAGAAGUAUGCCGUGGCGUACAUGGAUCGCGCGGGCAGUUUCUCAUACACGCGGAAGGUGUUGCGCGGAUUGACGAAGAAGGCUUUGACGCAGGUGGACGAGGUGGACGCUGGCAGAGGGAGAGGAGAGCAGAUGAAGACUAUUCUGGAGAAAUUGAGGGUGGAUAGGAACCACCAGCGUGGUGUUUUGACUCCGGCUGCCGGUGGUGCGUCGAUUGCUUGA